AUGAGAGUAGAAUUUCCUAGCAAAAAUGCUAGUUGUGACACUAUUAUAGGAUUUGACCAGCACCGUAGGAAAUUAGAAAAAUUGAUAGGUAAACCACCCACACAAUAUGAUGUUUUCGUGAAGACGCAUGGCACUGCCGAGUCAAAGAAAAAAUAUUUUGAGGGAAAUCAUGAAAAUAUUGAAUAUUACUCGCAGACGGCCAAAGAAGCACUAGAGGGGUAUCUGCAGGGGUUGGUCAACAAAUUUGGUGAAGAUCUUUCAAAUCGUAAGGAUGAUGUAGAUGUAUGGGAGGAAAGCCAACUUAGAAGAAAAGGAAAGAAGAAGGGUGCUAUCUAUGGGAUAGGAGCAUCGGAUAUACAUUUUUUGGUUUUAGGGACUCCAUCUUCCCAAUCCACCCAGUCCACCCAGUCGGAUAGCACGCAACAAGAGGUUGAUAGGUUGCAUGCGCAAGUUUCUGUCAUGGAACAACAACAACAACAACAAAUGAAAGAACAAAUGGAGAUGGUUAUGAGGAUGAUAAAUAUGUCUGGAAAUCAACCCCGUGGUCCCCCCCCCCCCCCUAAUCCAACCGAGGACAAUUGA